AUGGCCACUUUGGCGUUGUUCAGCCUUUUGUUACUGGCUUUUUCGUCACCAAUCCAAGCCCAAAAGAAAAUCGUGUGCUACGUCAGCAGCUGGUCCAUUUACCGACCUGGCGAUGGUUUCUUUAAUUCAAGUUUCGUUGACCCGAAUAUAUGCACGCAUCUCAUUUACGCCUUCAUCAGCGCACAUCCGAAUGGGAGCAUCAUGAUUCGCGAUCCAAAUGCCGACAUUAGAUUAGGGGGAUUUGCAAAACUGAACAAGUUACGCGAGGCAAAUCCGACAUUGGUGACAAUGGUGUCGGUGGGUGGUUCGGGCACGAGUUCGACCACUUUUUCGAGCAUUUGCAAUGAUGUGACAGUGAGGGCGACAUUCGUGAACAAUCUCUUUGACUUUGUGGUCAGUUAUAAAUUCAACGGACUCGACGUGGACUGGGAGUAUCCGACUCAGAAGGGCGGAAUCCCCGCCGAUAAGGCUAAUUAUGUGUCGCUGAUCCAAGAACUGCGAGCCAAAUUCGGACCGGCAGGACUGCUUUUGAGUGCCGCCGUGUCUUCCUCCGCUUACAUCACCUCAAAAGCCUAUGAUGUACCGCCAAUCUCCGCGGCCUUGGAUUUCAUAAAUCUAAUGACCUACGAUUUCCACGGCGUCAGGGAUAAUAAAACAGGCCAAAAUUCUCCUCUGUACGCAUCUUCUAUUGACGCGGACAAGAGAUAUAACGCCAAUGCAGCUGUGCAAAAUUGGAUCAAGCUAGGCGCAGAUCGAACCAAACUCAUCCUCGGAGCUCCAUUGUACGGGCAAACGUACACCCUGUUGAACCCGUCGAAAACAGAAUUAGGUGCGGCAAUUAAGGGACCUGGCUCUCCAGGCAAAUGGUCCCGACAAGCUGGUGUUUUAAUUUAUAACGAGAUUUGCUCAUCCAUGAAGAGCCAGACGGAUUGGACUGAAGUUUGGGACGAGGAGCAGGCAGUGCCGUACGCAUAUCGCAGUGAUCAGUGGGUUGGAUACGACAAUGUGAAGUCGGUCGGAAUCAAGAGCAAGUACGCGCUGGACCAAGGCCUCGGCGGAGUGUUGGUUUGGUCCCUCGACAUGGACGACUUUCGAAACCUUUGUGGCGCUGGGAAGUUUCCACUUGUGACGGCUCUCAAAGCAAACUUAGUUGUUUGAGAAAAAUGACUCUGUCAAUGAUGUUAAUAAUGAAAAAGUUUGCUCGUUGUUCUUUUUAAAGUUUAAAUUAGAGCUUUUACGUCAAAAUUUUAAUUAACUGGACAUAAAUAAAAUGGCUGA